AUGCGAGCUAUGAGAGUAAAACUAUCGCAGUUGGUCGUUGUACUUUGUGUAGUAACAGCCCUCAGCAUCACGUUACUCUACUUAUCCCCUCAGACCGACGUGCACCAACUAGAAGCAAUUCAGUCACAACUUCACAGAUUCCAUGACGACGACAAAGGCAAUCAUCUCGCCCAGGCUGCAACCGAACAAAGACCAGAAGAGACGACAACUCGAGAGGCAAGCAAACAGAUGGUGAAGCCACGUGAAGACUCGGUACCACGUGACCGCGUUUUGAGAAUCGGAGAGAGACCGAGAUUGAUUUUUCAAGACUUGCGACGUCGUCGUACGGUGUUUGUUGGGGUCGUUACCGCUAAGAGGUACCUCCUCACUCGAGCCAAAGCCAUACACGAGACUUGGGGACAAGACGUGGCCAAACUCUCCUUCUUUUCUUCAAGCGACACCCACAACGGCGGCCUCCCUGUUGUCAAUCUCCCGGAUGUUGAUGAUACCUACCCACCCCAGAAGAAAGUCUUCAGGAUGUUGAAAUAUAUGCACGAUAAUUUUAUUGACCAGUUUGAUUGGUUUAUGCGUGCUGAUGACGAUGUUUAUGUCAGAGGCCAGAAACUGGUUAGUUUCCUUGAUGGAAUCGAUAGCUCACAACCGAUCUAUAUGGGCCAGCCAGGAUUUGGUCGUAUUGAAGAUCGAAAACGUUUACAAUUGCAUGAUGGAGAAGUGUAUUGUAUGGGUGGCACGGGAGUCUUGUUUAGUCGAGCACUUCUCAAGCGUCUUGCACCUUGGAUAGAAGACUGUUUGGCUCAUACAAUAGUGUCAUGGAACGAGGACGUCGAAGUCGGUCGUUGUGUCAGUCGACGAGCCGGACAGCAGUGCACGUGGAGUUAUGAUCUAGAUCGGUACUUUUUCAACGAUUACUCGAACAAAAUGUUUGCCGAUUCUCAGUUUCAGGAUCUUCGACGUCAUCACUAUGCAACACGGGCGAUCACUCUUCAUCCGGUGAAGAACCCCGAUAUGAUGCGUUCGCUGCAUAAACUUUUUAAAGAAUCGGAUUUGAAUGCUCUGAGAGAGCAGGAGAAUAGAGUUCGUGCAAAGCUUAUGGAUUUGAGUAAAAACAAAUAAUUUAUUGUUUGAUUGCCGUGUAUUGGCUCUUUAUUUAUAUAUGAUGGUUGAUAUAGUUUUAUGUGAGUAAAGCUGUUGAUGGCUUUACUUCAUCACUAACGGUGCAUCUAAACCAAAG